AUUUGGCUUCUUUAAGAAUAUAGCGGGAAUAGAUUUACCAAGAGAUUGAAAUUAUUGGAGUCGUUGAUAUUUCAAAAAGGGAUAACAAAUGGAAUGCUAACGCUAAAAAGUUAUUUGCAAGAAAAGACAGAACUCCUUUCGAAUCUCGACGGAAAAGCUGUUUCGAUUGAGACAUUACUGGACGCUCUGCUAGUAUUGUAUGAUGAGUGCUGUAAUUCAUCAUUGAGGCGAGAAAAAACGUUAGCCGAUUUUAUAAAACUGGUGAAACCAGUUGCAACAUUGAUUAAGCAGCUUCGACUAUCUAGAGAUGACUUUGAAACGAUCAAAAUUAUUGGCCGAGGAGCAUUUGGUGAAGUGUGUGUUGUUCGCAUGCUAGCAACUCAGCAGAUAUUCGCCAUGAAAACCCUAAACAAAUGGGAAAUGCUUAAGCGUGCGGAGACUGCGUGCUUUCGAGAAGAACGCGAUGUUUUGGUUUAUGGUGAUAGGCAAUGGAUAACAAAUUUGCAUUAUGCGUUUCAGGAUGAUAGCAAUUUGUAUCUUGUUAUGGAUUAUUACUGUGGAGGCGACUUGCUGACUCUUUUAAGUAAAUUUGAGGACCGUUUGCCGGAGGAUAUGGCCAAAUUUUAUAUUGCCGAAACGAUUUUGGCGAUAGACAGCAUACAUAAACUGCAAUAUGUACAUCGAGACAUAAAGCCGGACAAUUUGGUACUCGACAUGAAAGGACAUAUUCGCUUAGCUGAUUUCGGUUCUUGUUUGCGUAUUGGGCCAGACGGUAUGGUUCAAUCUAACGUCGCCGUUGGUACUCCCGAUUACAUUUCACCUGAAAUACUCCGAGCAAUGGAAGAUGGCCAGGGUAGAUACGGAGCUGAAUGUGACUGGUGGUCUCUUGGUGUAUGUAUGUAUGAAAUGUUGUACGGUGAGACACCGUUUUAUGCGGAAAGUCUUGUGGAAACCUACGGAAAGAUAAUGAAUCAUCAAAACUGCUUCGAUUUUCCGCCACAAGAGAGUUUGGACUAUAUUGUGUCGGAAGCAGCAAAAGAUUUGAUGCGAAAACUCAUUUGUGCACCUGAAAAUCGAUUGGGGCAAAAUGGAACUGAUGAUUUCAAAAGUCAUCCAUGGUUUGCUGGCCUAGAUUGGGAUAGCCUUAGAUACAGCCAGGCUCCCUAUAUACCCGAAGUAUCAAGUCCAACGGAUACAUCCAAUUUCGAUGUAGAUGACACUGACAUACAUUUAUCGGACACUAUGCCACCGGCAGCAAAUCUUGCCUUUUCUGGCCUGCACUUACCAUUCAUUGGAUUCACUUUCACGCAAUGUAGUUCUUUAUCGGAUUUAGGAAAAGUAGAAAAUGCUUGUAGCAAUUUUAAUAACGAUGUAGAUAGAACUAUGAACCUUGAAAUCACGGAUGAAAAAUGUAAUCUAAUUGAAGAAAUAAAUACGCUGAAAAAGAAAAACUAUGAACUUGAGCAUAAAUUAAAAAACCUCGAAAUUAUCGAGAAAGCAACUUCCGAUGAAUGUAACGCCUCAUAUUUAUUACGAAUGAAGGAGUUGGAACAAGAGUUGAACGAUGUGAAGCGGGAAAAGGGUCAUGCAACAAAAGAGUACAGCGAAGCGCUAGAUCGAAUAAAGGCUCAAGAAGCUGAAUUGAAAGAUGCAAUUUGCCAACGCAAAUUGGCGAUGAUGGAAUACGCAGAGGUUACCGACAAAUUAUCCGAAUUACGUUCUCAAAAACAAAAACUAUCACGACAGGUUCGUGAUAAAGAGGAAGAACUUGAAGCGGUUAUGAAAAAAAUAGACAGCCUUCGAAACGAUCUUCGAAAAGCUGAUAAAAAUCGGAGGGAGCUUGAGCUACGAGUGGAGGAUGCAAUGACGGAUGCGGCAAAAGAGAAGAAACAAAGGGAACGCUCUGAGGAAUUUUGUCGCCAGUUACAAUCAGAAUUGCGUAGUAAAAGUAAUUCAGAUACAAGCUCCGCCUUUCCAGCCAAUGAACCCUCAAGAUAUGAAAUCGAACGAAUAGAAGUCCAAUAUUCUGAAAAACUAAAUCAGCAGCAAACGCGCUAUAACAUGGAAAUAUCAGAGCUGCGAGAACAGCUGAUGGAAUCGGAAAAGAAUCGAGAUUUCUUAAUAAUGGAACUACAAAAAACUCGUGAAAAGUGUGAUAUAAGUAGAUUAGAAUCUCAAAAUGAUACUGUGGACACUUUAAGUGAGCAAAAAAAGAUGUACGAACAAGAAAAAAGCAUUUGGAUAGAGGAAAAAAGAAGGCUUUUAUCAGAAAUGGAAAAUUUAAAUCAAGCCAUAAGGCAACUACAAACAAAACAAGUCGAAGAUCAAAGCAAUAGCGAGGAAUUAAGGUCAAAACGACAAGCAAUUAUGCAAUGGGAACGUCAGAUGUCGGAAAUAAUACAGUGGGUAUCGGAUGAAAAAGAUGCUCGAAGCUACUUACAAGCUUUAGCAACCAAAAUGACUGAAGAAGUUGAAUAUCUAAAACACUCAGAUAUAUAUGCGUAUGCACAAAUAGGAUCAUUUCAACAAACCUACGAUACGAAAAAUUGGCGUAAUAGACGUUCACAAAAACUCGAUAAGAUGGAGUUAUUGAAUUUGCAGAGUUCACUUCAGGCUGAGAUUCAGGCAAAAACACUUAUUUCGGAAGAACUAAGCCGAACGCGAGCAGAAUUGAUUGCAACUCAAAAGGAUCUUCGUGAGAGCCGUAACCGCUGUGAUUCUGCAUUGCAUGAGCUUCAUCACAAGGAAAAUGAAAUUCGGGACAUACAAAAAUCAUUAGAAACUUCUGAAGGAUUUUUGGAAAUAACUGAUAUUGAUGCUGACAGUAAUAUCUCCAGGGACGUUAUGGGUAGCUCAUUUAAUAACAAUAUGUCACUCGGGAAUUUGAAGCAAAACCCAAAUUCUUCUGCUACUUCAAGUAGCUCAUAUGCGAUGCGAUAUCCUCAAAACUCCAAGCUUGAAUCUCUUUAUCCAUAUUAUAUGGUAGAGAAGAAGCAUUAUCUGUCGACAGAUUAUAAAAACGAACAGGACAAUAAUGAAUUGGACGACAUUCACGGGCAUCAUAGCAAGUCAAGCUCAAAAAGUAGCCUUAGUGUAAAGCCUAUUGAUCUGCAUUCCUCGAAUGUACCAACAACAAAAGUGCAUCAGUUUUUGGUUAGGACUUUCAGCAGCCCAACAAAAUGCAACCACUGUACUUCACUGAUGGUUGGCCUCACUAGGCAGGGCGUUGUAUGUGAAUUCUGUGGCUUCGCUUGCCACACAAUUUGCUGCCAGAAAGUUCCUACAAUAUGUCCUGUCCCAAUUGAUCAAACGAAACGUCCUUUAGGCAUCGACCCGACCCGAGGAAUCGGCACAGCAUAUGAAGGAUAUGUAAAAGUGCCAAAGAUGGGCACGAUCAAAAGGGGGUGGGUACGUCAAUUUGUGGUCGUGUGCGACUUCAAGUUGUUUUUAUAUGAUAUAUCGGCGGAAAGAAGUGCUUUACCUAGCGUGAACGUCUCACAAGUCUUGGACAUGAGAGAUCCUGAGUUUGCGGUCGCCAGUGUUCGAGAGAGCGACGUCAUACAUGCUACGAAAAAAGAUGUGCCAUGUAUAUUUAGGAUUAAGACAUCUUUAAUUGAAGGAGGGCCAACUUGUAAUACGCUAAUGUUGGCGGAUAAUGAAACCGAGAAGAGGAAAUGGGUAGUUGCUUUGGGCGAAUUGCAUCGCAUUCUAAAACGUAACAAUCUUCCCAAUACAGCUAUUUUUAAAGUGCAAGAAGUACUUGAUAGCUCUCUUACUAUUGUGAGAAGCGCUCUAAGCUCUGUAAUCGUUUAUCCUGAUCAGUUUUUAUUGGGUACAGAGGAUGGCUUAUAUUGUGUUAAUCUGGAACAAUAUGAAAUAAUUCGUAUUGGUGAGAGUAAGAAGAUUAUUCAAAUGUGGUAUGUUGAGGAAGAGCACAUUCUAGUCAUUUUGUGCGGCAAGCAAAGACAUAUACGUUUACUUCCAAUAAGAGCGUUAGAAGUUAGCGACGUGGAAUGGAUAAAAGUUGCUGACUCCAAAAAUUGUAUCGCAGCAUGUACCGGCGUGAUUCGUCGUUCUCCGACUAAUGUAUAUGCGUUCGUGGUAGCACUAAAACGUCCAACUAAUCAAACACAAGUAGUGGUCUAUGAAAUAAAUCGUAAUCAUUUGCGGCAUCAAAAAAUGUGCGAAUUCACCGUGGCGUAUCCGGUGCAGAGUCUUCAAAUUUUGUCAGAUAUUCGGCUUGUUAUUGGACAUCAAAGUGGAUUUACUGCCUAUUAUUUGCAGGGCGAAGCGACGACUACUUCUUUAAUACAUCCGGAAAAUCAACUGUGUGCCUUUUUAAAUUAUUCGGGCGUUGAUGCUGUUCGUGUUAUUGAAAUACAAUGUCCCGGAGGAAUUUUCGGGGAAUAUUUACUAGUGUUUCAAACCUUAGCUAUUUAUGUGGAUCUACAAGGCAGGAAAUCACGCGAUCGAGAAAUAACAUAUCCAGCUAACCCAACUCACAUAACAUAUUUGGAUGGGCAUUUGCUGGUUUUUUCGGAAACACACGUGGAUAUUUUCAAUACACAAACUGCAGAGUGGGUUCAGUCCAUUGGACUAAAGCGGGCACAACCAUUAGGACCACAAGCAAAUUUUGUUUUAACGUAUGUUAACGACGCUCCGAUAAUUGUGUAUUUAGCUAAUAUACAUACAAAAGAAUUAAUUCAUAUGUGUUCUGCCGAGAAAUCUGGAUCUAAAAAUCCACAGCGCCGAUUUUCCAUUCGUGAAGUAAAUAAAUCAUUUAAAAGCACCAGCGAUAGAAGAUCGAAAAUGAUAUCAGCGCCAACGAAUUUCAAUCACAUUUCGCAUAUGGGACCAGGUGAUGGUAUACAAAAUCAGCGACUUUUGGAUUUACCCACGACCAUAGAAACGGCUGAUCAAAUAAGUAAUCAAUCGUUCAUCAUACGUCAAUCUUCUCUUACCCCACAUUCUGCAGCACGACAAGCGAUAAAUUCUCAAAAUGGAAACCCGCAGAAAACUCAUUCUAUUGAUCAACAGUCGGAGCAGCUUCAUGCACAGGCCCGUUCUCCAAGCCCUGUUUCCAAUUUGAGUUCGCCAAAGGAUCCAUCGGACGUUCAGUCCUAUUUGCCGUUUUAAGAUUUUGCAAUGUAUUAUUUUUAUAUUUAUUU